ACAUCAAAGAUGGCUGCGACCUCAGCAGGACGUGUUUUGACUCUUUGCAGACAAUUUCAAAACGCUUGUAGGAUAUCUACGACGUUAUCAGCUCAACAGUCUACUGUCACUUUGACAAAAGGUCGGUCUUAUCCUCACAGGUUACCAUCUACGCUUCUAAGUUCAAGUUGGAGUUGUAAUUUGGACCUUGCGGUUCAGUGUCGGCCUCUGCAUACCACCAUCAGCCGAAGAGGACUUGAGGAGUUUUUCGACAUACCUGAAAACUGGGGGGAGGCAACAGUAAAGUCAGGGGCACCAUGGACUGCCAAGCAACUAAGGACAAAAAGUAAUGAAGACUUGCACAAGCUCUGGUAUGUUCUGCUGAAAGAGAAGAACAUGCUCCUUACCAUUGAGCAGGAGUCUAAAAGGCAGGGACAACAAAUGCCAAGUCCAGAGCGAUUAAAAAAGAUCGACAGGUCUAUAAGGAGGCUGGACACCGUGGUGAAGGAGAGGGAAAAUGCCCUCCGUCUACUUCAGACAGGCCAGGAGAGAGCGAGGCCCGGAGACUGGAGGAAGGACGUCUUCGGACGGAUCUACUGGUAUCGGUUUAGAGAGCAUGCUCUUCCCUGGUACAUGAACCGGAGAUACAAACGAAAACGGUUCUACACACCAGCAUUUGUUGCCCCCCACCUAAGACUUCGUCUAGAGAAAUACCUCCGUGCUAAGACCAGAAAGCAGAAAAAAGAGAGUGAAAACCAAGCUGUGCUCAAGGAGAAGUUUCCCCAAAUGCAGGCCAAGUCUCAAUGAGAGCUUUAAUGAGGAAUCAUCAUUUUCCUCACUUACGCCAUUAACAUUGGAGCUUGUGACUGUAUUGAAAUAAAUUUACAUCAGGUUUUGUAUAAACAACUGCCUGUCAU